AUGUCUAACUCAAAUAACGGAGACACCAAGGCCCAGUGCUUGCCCCGUAAUGGGCUGGUGAAGAUCCCUGGUCCCACCAAUGGCCUAGGCUCUGCCAGCAUCACCAAAGGAACACCAGCCGUCAAGAACCGAAUUUGCCAGCCUGCCUCAGUGCCAUCCAUUCCACCUCCGACCCACAGCAUCCCGCUGGGUCUCAGCCCUGGAGAAGAAAACCCUCCCAUUCCUUGUGGCCUCUCCAUGGACAGGGUUCAGAGCCAGGGCAUGGACUGUCACCUGGCCCUUGAUGAAAAGAUCCUCAACCGGCUCUUCUGUUUCUUCUCAGCCUGUGAGAAAUGUGUUCUUGCACAGGUCUGCAAGACGUGGAGGCGGGUUCUGUACCAGCCGAAGUUCUGGGUUGGACUGACCCCCGUUCUGCAUGCCAAGGAACUUUACAACAUGCUGCCCUCGGGGGAGAAGGAAUUUGUCAGUCUGCAGGGGUUUGCGGUGCGUGGGUUUGACUCAUUCUGUUUGGUUGGGGUUUCAGACCUGGACAUCUGUGAGUUCAUUGACAACUAUCCCCUGUCCAAGAAAGGGGUCAAGUCUAUAAGUCUGAAGAGGUCGACAAUCACCGACGCUGGCUUGGAGGUGAUGCUGGAGCAGAUGCAGGGCGUCGUACGAUUAGAGCUCUCGGGAUGUAACGAUUUCACGGAAGCUGGCUUGUGGUCCAGCUUACACGGACGCAUCACCUCCCUGAGCGUUAGUGACUGCAUCAACGUGGCGGACGAUGCGGUGGCGGCAAUCUCCCAGCUCCUCCCCAAUCUGGGCGAGCUCAACCUCCAGGCUUACCACGUAACGGACACCGCCUUGGCUUACUUUACUGCCAAACAGGGCCGGGCCACGCACACGCUGCGCCUUCACUCCUGCUGGGAGAUCACCAACCACGGCGUAGUCAACGUGGUCCACAGCCUGCCCAACCUCACCGUCCUCAGCCUCUCCGGCUGCUCCAAAGUGACCGACGACGGGGGUGGAGCUGGUGGCCGAGAACCUGAGACGGCUCCGAGGACUGGACCUGUCGUGGUGCCCCAGGCUGACGGACACGGCACUGGAGUACAUCGCCUGCGACCUGCACAAGCUGGAGGAACUGGUCCUCGACAGGUGUGUCCGGAUCACAGAUACAGGACUGAGCUACCUGUCCACCAUGACGUCACUCCGCAGCCUGUACCUCCGCUGGUGCUGCCAGGUGCAGGAUUUCGGAUUGAAGCAUUUAUUGGGUAUGAAGAGUUUACGCCUCUUAUCUCUGGCUGGUUGCCCAUUGCUGACAACCACUGGCCUUUCGGGCCUUGUUCAGCUACAGGAUCUGGAAGAACUGGAACUCACCAACUGCCCGGGUGCCACACCUGAACUCUUCAAGUACUUCUCCCAGCACCUGCCCCGCUGUGUUGUGAUCGAAUAA